GAGAGUGUUUUAUUCCAAACGCGAGCUUUUACUUUGAAAAGUUGAAGCUUGAGGACUGCACCAGACGGAACGUCCAGACAUGGACAUGACACGAGAGUCCAGCCUGCAGCCUUGGGACAUGUUGGAGAACCAAGCCGCGAAGCUUCAUCUGGAUGACGGAGUUCAUGGAAAAAUCGUGAUGGAACCGUUCAACAGUCAGUAUCGCUGCGGCUCUCUGAUCGCCAGCGGCGGUUUCGGUUCGGUGUUUUCAGGCCAGAGGCUUUGUGAUGGACUUAAGGUUGCCAUUAAAAUGAUUUUCAGAGAAAGAGUUCCGCUGCCGCAGUGGGCCAGACUGCCCGGCGAGGUUGGCCCCGUUCCCACGGAGAUCACUCUGCUGCAGCGGCUGGCUGAGGUCGGGGUUCACAGCAGCGUCGUCCGCAUGCUGGACUGGUUCGAGAUGAAGGGGCGGGGCUUCCUGCUGGUGCUGGAGUGCCCGCCGCAUGCACAGGAUCUGUUCGACUUCAUCACGGAGAGAGGACCGCUGCCCGAAUGCCUCGCACUCAGCCCAGAAACUUAA